AUGGAUCAACAUUUGUCAAAUGUAAAUUUACAAAUUGUUGACCGAACUAACAAAGAUGAAACGGUGCUUAGUCCAGAAUCGAUUGUAUCUGGUAAUGGUAAAGAAAGUAUCAAUUUAUUUUUAUCGAUGAAAACACUUGCUAAUACAACAAUACAUCCAACUCAAUAUGAUACUAAUAAUCAAAUUUUGAAUUCUGAAAAAUUAUUAAUAAAACAAAUUCAAAAUUAUCUAUUAUUACUGACCAAGUCUGAUGAAGUGACAAAGAUCAACACUAAAGUCAACAAUAUACUUAUAAAAAAUGGUUUUGUACCUACCGACCAUUAUCAAAAAGCAAUUCAAGAAAUGAAAGCUAUUUUUGACAAGCAACAACAACUACAAAAAUCUUUAAGAAAAAAAGUAGAUGCUGAUAAUAAUAAUGAUCGAUCCAUUUUUGCAGAGCCAUGUAUCGAAUCUUCAAUGAAAGACAAAAAUAUUUCACCGAUUGAAACUACUACAUCCAUUCACAGUGCUCAGAAAUCUACAAUGACACAAGAAAAAAUAGAAAUCGAAGCUCAACAAUUUUCUUAUUUUACUAUACAAUUGUUAACAUCAUUAUUGCUAGUUUCAAUCAAAGCUAAUGAAAGAGUCGAUCCAUCAAUUACUUUGCAGAUAAUAAUAUUAGCAAGUCAACUGUGCGAGCAAAUUCCUAUUAAAUAUUUAUCAUCUUUCGAACUAUCGUCAAAUAGCAAUAGUUUGAUGUUUAAAUCGUUGAAACCAUUGACAAAUUAUAUUAAUGAACUAUUUUUGUCAACAGAUCCUAUUUUAGCAACACAAGCCGCGCAAAUUUUGUUAAAGUUUUCAAUUGCACAAGCAUCAUUCAAAGAUCUUCUACCCAUAAUAAGUAAAUUAAUACUCAAUACAACUGACAUUUACAAUGUACGGUAUUUAUUUCUACAACUAAACAAUUGUCUUACAGAAACUAUCAAUCAGUUCGAACUAGAAAAACAACAAUUAGACAAUGGACCACAAGAUGAUUCUAAUUAUAGAGAAGACAAAGAAAAUGACACAAUAUCAAAGAAAACAACAGGUUAG